UUCCUCUCUGCCUUGAGAAGCAGACAGCUGGUGACUGCUGGGCCACUGUUGGGCAGCAGGCUGGUCACUGCUGGGCUGCCACUGCUCCAGGCUCUGCUCCCUCUCACCCCUCUCUCCACGUGCCUUCAGGAACAUCAGCGCCAUGCGCCUGCUGAUUGGGGCCAUCCAGCUGACGGAGCCAGGCCCUGAGGCCGAGGUGCGCCUGAUUAAGCGGCUGCUGAUUCACAAGGAAUACGGUCCUGCUGACCAGAGCAAUGACAUUGCGCUGCUGGAACUGAACAAGCCUGUCCAGUGCAACUCCCACAUCCAGCUGGUGUGUGUGCCCAACGCCACGGUGAACGUGGCACAGCUGGAUACCUGCUAUGUUGCUGGCUGGGGUGCCACCACUGCAAGAUCUCAAAAAUCAAGUGAUAUCCUGCAGGAGGCCAAGGUCCACCUUAUCAAUGUCCAGAUCUGCAACGGCAGCGAGUGGUACCAGGGGGACGUCCAUAGCCACAACUUGUGUGCUGGCUACCCGGAGGGUGGCAUCGACACCUGCCAGGGUGACAGCGGGGGUCCGCUCAUGUGCAAAGACAAUGACGCUGACUUCUUCUGGGUUGUUGGAGUGACCAGCUGGGGCAGAGGCUGCGCCAGAGCGAAACGGCCUGGAAUAUACACUUCUGUUCAGCACUUCUAUGACUGGAUUGUGCUCCAGAUGGAAAUGCUUCCACAAUCAUGGAAUCCUUAUACAACUGCCUCACCACCCUGGACUCAUCCUACAAAUGCCCCAUGGCCCACUCAGAAGCCAUGGACGAGACCACCUCCCACUCAGAUGCCAUGGACAAGACCACCUUCCACUUACAACCCAUGGCCAACAACACUGCCCCCUCCAAAGCCAUGGCCAACAACGCUGCCUCCUCCAAAGCCAUGGCCAACAGCACACCCUGCUCCGAAUCCAUGGCCUACAGCACCGCCCACUCCAAAGCCAUGGCCAACAACAAUGCCCCCUCCAAAGCCAUGGCCAACAACGCUGCCUGCUCCGAAUCCAUGGCCAACAGCACCACCCCCUCCGAAGCCAUGGCCAACAACAAUGCCCCCUCCAAAGCCAUGGCCAACAACGCUGCCUGCUCCGAAUCCAUGGCCAACAGCACCACCCCCUCCGAAGCCAUGGCCAACAACAAUGCCCCCUCCAAAGCCAUGGCCAACAACGCUGCCUGCUCCGAAUCCAUGGCCAACAGCCCCGCCCCCUCCGAAGCCAUGGCCAACAACAAUGCCCACUCCGAAGCCAUGGCCAACAACAACCUCCACUCCGAAGCCAAGUUCAUUACCCACACCAGUGGAAGAGAUUAAUAACUGCCCAUUUCCACUCAAGAAGCUGAUGGAAUUCUUCACUCAGAUGCAGAAGCUCCUGAAGAACCUACAGGGGAUUCCAGUUUGAGCAGGAGAAUGGACAGGAUCCAGUGCAGGUUUCAUGGGACUGUGA